UUGCAACCCCUUCAUCUUGACAUAUCGCCCUCUUCUUCAUUCUCUUCGUGCUGACACCACCACCGCGCGCUUUUCCUCUGUACCUGUUCAGUUCCACCUCCGGUCCGACUAUUCGUUGCGCAACCUUCGCCACGCCUUAAUGAUUUGAAUCUUGCAUCAUGUCGACUUCCGCCGAUAUCCCCAACAAAACGCGACUAUCGCAUCAGCCGUCCAAGAUCCGCGCCGUUCUUUCAUUACCGCCGCAAUGGCUUCACAUGUACGAAGAGUUCAUCACCAAGAACUCUAGUCAGGUCUCUCAAAUAGAGUCGGCCUUACGGUCCCUCACCUAUAUCAUCCCUGGUCGGUUCCGCGACGCCGAAAUUGCUUCCGAAACUGUCCAUUCGAGUGUACAGCUCCUUUCUCUUUAUCAUGAUACCCUUCUUAUGCGCGCUCUGUCGCGCAUCCCGAUGGCGCGACUGCCAUCCCCUCAUGCCCGAUAUACAAAAUACUGGACUCAGCGCAGUCCCAUGUACCGGCGCAUUGCCAUGUUACUGCAAAUGGUCACAUACACACAGCUGCUAUGCGAGAUGGCUGCUAAGAGGCGUGGCGGCGAGCGCAGUCGAUGGCGCGUCGUCGUGCUCUUGGAGGCUAUCAAGGCCAUCUGCCGCCUAUUACUAUUGCGCGUGACGCGCUCUCGUCCUCUUGUGUCGCCCGUUCUCCCGGAACGUGAGCCUAUCCCUGAAGAAACCGAGGCCGAAAGUGACGCCGCUCUGAAGGAUAUUCUGGAAGAGCCGACCAAUGGACACGCACCGGAAGACAGCGAAGAGGCGCAGAAGCCUCAUGAGAAAGACUGGACGAUGCCCAGGACUGGCAUGAGCCUUCCUUCGCUGCCCAACGCUGGCGAUAUUAGCGGCUAUCUUCUGGGCAAAGUGUUGACAGCAGAGGAUAUCAAACCAGCUGCAAAGCUGCUGAAUCAGCUGCAGGGCAGUGCACAGGCAGCAGAGGUGCUACACAUCCUCGCACCGUUGGUGUAUGCCAUUGCUUUGUCGAAAAGCAAGAAUAAGAAGUCAUGGACACCGUGGCUAGUUGGUCUGAGCGUUGAAUACGCAGCACGACAACUCAGAGACCGGGGCUUCAGGACAACGCCACUCGAACGCGACGAAUGGAGCAAGAGAGGCUGGGCCAUGGGAUGGUGGACCAUGCGCGGAGCAUUCUACGAGAACAUCAUGAAGGGUGUUGUCGGCGGCGUGCGAUCCAGAGUACCCAACUUGGUCGGUGGCAUUCUGGAGGACUACGAGUACUUGUGGGAGAACUACUACUUCAGCACCAGUGCCUAAAUGUAGGCUGCUCGGCGUUCGUUCUGCGCCGGUGUCAGUCGUAACGAUUGAUUCGGUUUACAAGUCAGCAUCCGCCUGGCCUUCGCAGAGUAUUGCUUGCAUUUCUAUGCAAUUCAGGGCUUGAUCAAGGCGCCAAGAACCCUCCCAGACCGCCUCAAGCCACCGUCUAGGUCCCUCAUGCGGCC